GGCCUUUCAGCCAGUUGGGCCCACCAAAACGCGAGAAGGGCGGGACAGGGCCAGCACGCACCAUAGAACGGUUUCCGGCCUCGCGCGCCCCCAUUUUUUCCUCCUUCCUUUACCCCCCCCGCCUUUUCGUCGGCUCGCCUGAGGGAUCCGGCCCUCCGCGCCAGGCGAGGAGCCAUGCAGGGCAACAAGGGCUUCGCCAUGGAGAAGCAGAAUCACACCCCGCGGAAGCCGCCGCCGCCGCCGUCGCACCACCAGCCGCAGGCCGCCCCCGCCAACGGGCAGCAGGUCAACAGCCAGAAUGAAGGCCUGACGAUUGACUUGAAGAAUUUCCGAAAACCUGGAGAAAAGACCUUCACCCAAAGGAGUCGCCUCUUUGUGGGAAACCUACCACCUGACAUCACUGAGGAGGAGAUGAGAAAGAUGUUUGAAAAAUAUGGAAAAGCUGGUGAAGUCUUCAUUCACAAGGACAAAGGCUUUGGCUUCAUCAGGCUGGAAACUCGGACCCUGGCUGAGAUUGCAAAGGUGGAGCUGGACAACAUGCCUCUGCGUGGGAAGCAGCUGCGUGUGCGCUUCGCUUGCCAUAGCGCAUCAUUGACCGUCAGGAACCUGCCGCAGUUUGUGUCUAAUGAGCUCCUGGAAGAGGCUUUUUCCAUGUUUGGCCAAGUUGAGAGGGCUGUGGUCAUUGUGGACGACAGAGGCCGGCCUUCUGGAAAAGGCAUUGUAGAGUUCUCGGGAAAACCAGCUGCCAGAAAAGCCCUGGACAGAUGCAGCGAGGGAUCCUUCUUGCUGACUACGUUCCCUCGGCCUGUGACGGUGGAGCCCAUGGACCAGUAUGAUGAUGAGGAAGGACUGCCAGAAAAGCUGGUCAUCAAAAACCAGCAAUAUCACAAGGAGCGCGAGCAACCUCCCCGCUUUGCACAGCCAGGCUCCUUUGAGUAUGAGUACGCCAUGCGCUGGAAGGCCUUAAUCGAAAUGGAGAAGCAGCAGCAAGAGCAAGUGGACCGCAACAUUAAAGAGGCCCGGGAGAAGCUGGAGAUGGAGAUGGAGGCGGCUCGUCAUGAGCACCAGGUCAUGCUCAUGCGUCAAGAUUUGAUGAGGCGCCAGGAGGAGCUCAGGCGCAUGGAAGAGCUGCACAAUCAGGAGGUGCAGAAGCGCAAACAGCUGGAACUCAGGCAAGAAGAGGAGCGCCGGCGCCGGGAGGAGGAGAUGAGGCGCCAGCAGGAGGAGAUGAUGAGGCGGCAGCAGCAGCAGGAGGGCUUCAAGGGCGCCUUCCCUGACACGAGAGAGCCUCCCGACAUGCGCAUGGGGCAGAUGGGGAUGGGAGGUGCAAUAGGAAUGAACAACAGGGGGGCCAUGGGGGGCACCAGUGUCCCUGCAGGACCCCCACCUGCGACUGGCCCUGGACCAAUGAUCCCUGAUGGAGCCAUGGGAAUGACCCCUCCACCACCAGCUGAUCGCUUCGGACAGAGCGGGGCCAUGGAAGGCCUGGGCACCAUGGCAGGAAGCACACCGGGAUUCAACCGGGGAGCUCCCGGUGGAGAUUUUGGGCCCAACAAGCGUCGCCGGUACUAACAGGAAAGGGUCCAGUGCUUGGCUCUCCUCUCAAGAAGACCCCUAGCUCCUUCUUGAGGCCAGGAGUUUGGCCAAGGCAAGAGGCAUGUGAUCAUAUUUCUAAAUGGUGCAGCUGACACCAGGAGGGUUGCAUUCCUGCAAGCACGCAAUGUGAACAUGGAUCCCAGGAGGCUUCAGUAGCUGUGUAGUGUAUGGGCCAAGCUAGGACCCCUGGCCCUUUUUCUUCCCUCCCCCAAGCCCCUGGCCAUAGGCUGUCCUUGGACGCCACCAGCUCUCCCCCAGGCCUCGGAGAGCCCUUCUGAGCAUUGGGGCAAGGCCCGUGGUUCUGUACGUGGCUACAGCCACAAAUGGCAGAUCAUGUAAGGGGAGGGGGGAAUAGUUUUUUAAACUUGUAGCUUUUUAUUUUUUCCUCUGGACCAUUUUUUUCUUUCCUGUAGUUCUCUGGGGCAGCCAAGAGGGCUCGAUAGUGGUGGUGGUUCUGGGAUGAAUUAUUCAGUGUUGUACCAUUCUUUCUUUUUUAUUGGUAGAAAAGUACAAUCUAUUGGACAUAGUAAAACACAAAAGUUUCCUGUUUAAAAAAAAAACUCAGCUGAAGCAAUUGUUUGUAUAACCCUAACUUUACCUGUCUUGUGUAGAAGUAAAUGUGUGAAUCUGAGCUGUAAUCGUCGACUAACAGGUUGAGUUUGUCUCAAGAUUGUUACAGGAAUGCAUUAUUAAAAGGGAUUUUAAGACUUUUUCA